AUGCAGGAGAGGGACAAGUUCUACAUGUCUCGUGUGGUUGUUCUGGAGUUGCUUCAGGCUCUGAAGUUCAAGUCAUCGAUUCCUGAUACGAACCUGCUGCUGCUGGUGCAGUUUGUGUGCACAGACAUCGGGACCAGGCUGGCCGAGUCCACCAUCCUCCAGAAGCACAUGAUCUCUGCUCUGCCCGGGUGCACCACAGCAGCGAUGGAGUGCUUGCGGCAGUAUCUGAGCGAGCUGCUGGACUUCAUCGCAGACAUGCACACGCUGACCAAACUAAAGAGCCACAUGAAGGCGUGCUGUCAGCCGCUGCACGAGGACACGUUCGGUGGGAAUCUGAAGGUCGGUCUGGCUCAGAUAGCAGCGAUGGAGAUCAGCAAAGGCAACCACAGAGACAACAAAGCGGUUAUUCGCUACCUGCCUUGGCUUUACCAUCCGCCUUCUGCUAUGCAACAAGG